AUGUCGUCCGUCCUCGGCAAGCUUCGCGCCAUGAUGUCGAGCGUUAUACCUAUUCCUGGCGCGUACAACAACGUCAUGACGCAAACUGCGUCGCCAUACUUGGCUCGCUUCUUCGAAUACCUCAACCAGUGCGCGGGCAAGGAGAUAGCCAUUGGUAUUCUACUACAGAAGUUCAACGGCUUCGCUCGGGAUCACAUCCUUGUCUCCCGCCAUUACCGUUUGGGCGCCGGGUAUCUUCAGUUACGUUUCCUGGCAAUGCAAGGCCUUAACUCGUUCUACGCCGCCCUGACUGAGAACUAUGCGAUCCUCGAGGGUAAUAGGUUCGUGCCCGGCACCUUCUACACGGACUUCAACAUUCCCGAAUGA